AAAUAUGUCAUACGUAGCGACAUGAAUACAAGGAAUAUUUCUGAUAACGGUUGAGGUCGAAAGAUAGUGCGAAAUUAGCGGGUCGGUUUAAUAUGGAGGUUUCCUUUACGGCUGUAAUUCUGGUUGUGAUUUUCGGUCCGGUAUUUUCGAAUGAUUCAAAAAGAGACCAUGUUUGUGGCAGACCGAUUGGCACUGAAUUUCGCCUGGAAGAAGACAGGAUCGUCGCCGGGUACGACAUCGGGUACUAUCGGUACCCGUGGUACGCCGCCCUGAUCAGGUACGACACGGUGUCCUGCGGGGCGGCCCUCAUCGGUCCAAAAACCGUUCUCACUGCCGCUCAUUGUUACAAAGAAUUUCUCGAUUUAGCUAGUAAAGGAUUUUUGAGACUGGAAUCAAUUUACACCGUUAAACUAGGCAUCUAUAAUAUUUGUACCACCGAGUCGACUCAGAGGGAAUUCACUAUCGAAAAAGUUUACAUUCACGAAGGAUAUUACAAGAAUAGGCCUUAUUACGAUUUGAGCUUAUUGACCCUACAGGGAGAUACGAGUGCCUAUAUGCCUAUUUGCUUACCACAAUACGAAAUCAACAAGAUGCCGCCGGACGGUACCGUCCCAGGCCUCGGUACACUGAAGUACCACGGCGCGAUGCCUUGCACCGUCCACGAAGCCAGGCUGUUGGUGUACAACAACAGCGAGUGCGUGCGCAUGAUCAACAGUACGGGAAACGACGCAAAGGCCAUUAAAAACGCCUUCUGCGCCGGGUACAUACAGGGCGGCAUCGACACCUGUCAGGGAGACAGUGGAGGCCCACUACAAUCGAUGAAUUCAGAUGGAGAUUAUGUUUUAUUAGGGAUAGUGUCCUUUGGAUUUCGCUGUGCUCUGCCAGGUCUCCUGGGUAUGUACACAGACGUGUCCAAAUAUUUGGAUUGGAUUCAAGAAAAGUCCGGAUUAGAUGCUGGAAUUGUCAAUUUGAUAUACAAUAAGACAGUUGCAUCAAAACCAACAUUGAAUGGAACUGGUACUGGAAAUCCAAACAGUUCUCUUGGUCACCAUAGAAAACCACAUUUUGGAAAACCAUUCAGAAGACCAGUGAGGGUUAUUGUGUACAAAAACAACCGAUAUCAUGUAACUACCAAACCUCUUCUGCAUCACCCUCUAAUAAGAAACAAUUAAAAAGUGCGAAAUUGUUGAUUAAUUUUCCGAUUUUUUCUGUAUCUGAAAACAGUGUUGGAACUGAAAUAAGGUGAAAUGAAAAUAUUUGGAUGUGGUA